AUGGGGAGAAAUGACAAAAGGAGUAAAACACAGCCUGCCCUUGAAGAGUCGGUGCUCACCAAGGAGAAAGCCAUUUUCAGUUCGAGCGCCAAGAUCGUGAAGCCCAAAGGCGAGAAGCCAGACGAGUUCGAGUCCGGCAUCUCCCAGGCUCUUCUGGAGCUGGAGAUGAACUCGGACCUCAAGGCUCAGCUCAGGGAGCUGAAUAUUACGGCAGCCAAGGAAACUGAAGUUGGUGGUGGCCAGAAAGCUAUCAUAAUCUUUGUUCCUGUUCCUCAACUGAAAUCUUUCCAGAAAAUCCAAGUCCAGCUAGUACACGAAUUGGAGAAAAAGUUCAGUGGGAAGCAUGUUGUCUUUAUCCCUCAGAGAAUUCUGCUUAAGCCAACUCGAAAAAGCCAUACAAAAAAUAAACAAAAGCAUCCCAGGAGCUGUACACUGACAGCUGUGCAUGAUGCAAUCCUUGAGAACCUGGUCUUCCCAAGUGAAAUUGUGAGCAAGAGAAUCCGCAUGAAACUGGAUGGCAGCCGGCUCAUAAAGGUUCAUUUAGACAAAGCACAGCAGAACAAUGUGGAACACAAGGUUGAAACUUUUUCUGGUGUCUAUAAGAAGCUCAUGGGCAAGGAUGUUAAUUUUGAAUUCCCAGAGUUUCAAUUGUAAACCAAAUGACUAAUAAAAAACAUAUUCACA